AUGCCCACUAAACGCAGGAACGGAGGUCGCUCCAAACACGCUCGUGGCCGCGUACGCCCAAUCCGCUGCAGCAACUGCGGUCGCUCAGUACCAAAGGACAAGGCCAUCAAGCGAUUCAACGUACGUAAUAUUGUGGAUGCCAGCUCGCAGCGUGACAUCAAGGAGGCCUGCGCCUUCUCAACUUUCAAUUUGCCCAAGUUGUACAUCAAACAAUGCUACUGCGUAUCAUGCGCUAUCCACUCUCGCGUGGUACGCGUAAGGUCUGUUGAGGCCCGCAAGAUCAGGACCUUUGUACAACCAAGGAGCAUGCCAAUGAGGAUCAACAUGCCACAAAACAAGGAGAACUGA